AUGCCUCGCUCGAGGUAUGCCUCACUGGGGAGCGAAGUCUUCUUCCAAGAGUUCGGCUCCGACUGGACGUCUUACAGGUCGGCGCGGAACCGGCGGCGCAUCGACUUCAGUGGCCCCAAGUGGAGCUUAGAGACGCUGGGGGGCCCUGAAGGCGGUCUCAUGCAUAAGCAGUUGAUCCGCGAGCACAUCGACGCUUGGAGCCGAUGCGAGAUCCUCAACUUGGCAAAGAACAAGUUGACAGACAUCAGCUGCGUGAACGCCAUGAAGGACACAAGAACCUUUGAGUUCCGCAGACUACAGAUCCUCAAUACCUCCAGGCUGGACACAGAUCGUCAAGACUUAGACCAAAAAAGCUUGACGGAGAUCAACCUGAGCCACAAUGAGUUGGUGAAGCUUCCGGACUUCUCCAGCCUCUCACAGCUCAGCAAGUUGCUCCUCUCGCACAACGACAUCGACGACACGUUGCAGCAAUUUGGAGAUCUGCAGAAGCUACGAGUCUUGGAUUUGAGUUCCAACAAGUUUUCCUGGCGGCCGACCUUCUUCCGGAAGCAGCUCAGCCAUUUAGAGCGAAUCCAUCUGGAGGAGCUGAGGCUUUGGCCCAACCCCUUUGCCGACAGCUUCAAGGAAUACCAGUUCAUCACUGCUGUCACUCUGAGCUCCUUAACCUCACUGGAUGGCUUCCACAUCGACUCAGAACUCAGGCAGUGGCGCAGUGGCUACCGCGGCUGUGGUUUUGUAAGGAACAGGACACUGGAACUGGAACUGGACUGA